GAUCAAAACCCUGCAGCGAAAUUCAUCCGUCCAUCAACUCUUAUCCCCUGAUUCAUCGACCAGUAAGCCAUUUUUAACAACUCUCUCGGUGUCUCAAUUUCACCAGCUACUGCUCUCUUUUACUCUCUCUGUGUUGCUUCUGCAAGGCCAGGAGUGUUCCGUUUCUUAAGGUUUUGGUUUUUGAAAUGGAACUGAUGGUUUGUUAAACAAUGGUGCCAUUGAUUACUACUGUGUUAUUAGUUUGAUGCUGAAAUGGGUUUUUAUGGGUUUUGGUGACUGUAGGGUUUUCUUUGAAUAAAGUUUGGAAAUGGAAAAUGGUGUUGAGAGAGUUGAUGGGUCACCUGCGGUAGAGAAAAACCAUGUGGAAGAUGAGGUAGUUGGGGAAAGGGUAGUAGAGGUGAAGGAUGUGGAUGGGAGUGAUGAGCGGAAGGAUUUUGAAGAUGAUGUUUCUGAGGAGGCAUUGGAUUCCCAAGAGGUUGUGCAGAUGCAGGGAAUGAAUCCUGAUUCAGAAAACAUUGCUGAAAGUGUUGUUGAUUCAGGCGGUCCAGUGGUGGUUGAUGAAAAUUCUAAUGUAGGACGCGAGACAGAGACUUUUGAAGAGGCGAUUGGGGUUUCUGUUGAGGAGGUGGCUGCAGCUGGAGUUGGGAUGGAAAUUGUAGAGGAUUUGGUGGGUGGGCUGAGUGCUGAUGGGGCUGUGGUGUCGGAUAAGAUUGACAAGGGAGGUACUGGGAAAGAAGUGACAGUUGAUGGGUUGAAUGUGAAAUCUGAGCUGCCUGAAGCUGCUACUGACAGUACAACAGAAGUUUCAGAGACCUCCUAUGAAGUGGGUAUGAAAUCUUCUGUGGUACUGGAGGAUCCCAAAAUUGUAGACUCCUGUGAUUCCAGCUUUGAGGAAAAUCCAUAUGGUGAAACUUUUCAAAAUGGGGAUAGCAAUAUGACAAAGGAAAAUGCCGUUGAUUAUUUUCAAACGACAGAAUCUAUUGGAGAGAUUUUGGCUACAGAUGCAAAAACUGAGCUGCCUGAAGCUGCUACUGACAGUACAACGGAAGUUUUUGAGACCUCCUAUGAAGUGGGUAUGAAAUCUUCUGUGGUACCAGAGGAUCCCAAAAUCGUAGACUCCUGUGAUUACAGCUUAGAGGAAAAUCCAUAUGGUGAAAAUUUUCAAAAUGGGGAUAGCAGUAUGAAAAAGGAAAAUGCUGUUUAUUAUUUUCAAAAGACUGAAUCUAUUCGAGAGAUUUCAGCUGCAGAUGCUAAGGGUGAGAACUUGAAGGAUAAUAAUUUCGACACUGAUCAUCUAGGCACGGUGACAAGAAAACUGGUAGAUAUUUCAACUGGGACUUGUAUUGUGCUGCGGGCUGAUAAAGGUGAAGAAGUAAAUAGCAAUGUAGCUGGAAUUGAUACAAAAUGCCAGGAUGACAAGAACAGGGAAUUGAAAGAUAUCACAACUGGUAUCUGCUCAAAGGGACAGGAUGAAGGUGAACAUGGAAAUGUAAGGAAUGGGGAGGUGAACGAUGCGCCGACUGUAUUGGAUUCUGAGAAACUUGGGGAAACUUGUGGAGUUAGUGAUGCACCCAUUCACCCGGUCCCAUCAGUGAAAAAUGUAACUCUCACUACUAAUGUUCAAAGCUUGACAUCAGAAAAUUCUGCAAUUGAGAAAAAUGAGAAGAUUCAUGCUGUUUCGUCAGAUUUAAGUGGUGACGAUGGUAACAGUUCUCAACCUCAUGUAACAGAUGAAAAAGUUAAUGAAGUCAGCCUCAGAUAUCUUUUAUCUAAGAAGGCUAUUAGGAAGGUGACAAAGGAUCAAGUAGAGAAGCAAAGGGCUCAAGUGAGUACAAAACGUGAAAUUCAGCCUGAGGCAGAACUUGCUUCUUCCUCUGGAAAAUCUUCCAGUCCGGUUCCUCCUCCUGCUCGACCUGCUGGCCUUGGCCGAGCUGCACCAUUACUGGAACCUGUGCCUCGGGCAGUACAGCAACCCCGUGUAAAUGGGGCUGUUGCUCCUGUGCAGGCACGUCAAAUUGAAGAUGGCGCUAAUGGGGAAGGAGAGUUAUAUGAUGAGACACGCGAAAAGCUUCAGAUGAUAAGGGUAAAAUUUUUGAGGCUUGCUCAUAGGCUUGGGCAGACUCCACAUAAUGUUGUUGUGGCACAAGUCUUGUAUAGACUGGGAUUAGCUGAACAGCUGCGAGGGAGAAAUGGGGGUCGUGUGGGUGCCUUUAGCUUUGAUCGAGCAAGUGCCAUGGCAGAACAACUUGAUGCUGCUGGGCAGGAGCCCCUUGAUUUCUCUUGCACAAUAUUGGUUCUCGGAAAGACAGGCGUUGGCAAAAGUGCAACCAUCAAUUCAAUCUUUGAUGAGGUUAUGUUUGGCACUGAUGCUUUUCACAAUGGUACAAGGAGGGUUCAGGAUGUAGUGGGAACUGUGCAGGGGAUCAAAGUUCGUGUAAUUGACACACCAGGCCUUUUACCUUCUUGGUCUGACCAACGGCAGAAUGAGAAGAUUCUCAACUCUGUUAAGCGUUUUAUCAAGAAAAAUCCUCCAGAUAUUGUUUUAUAUCUUGAUAGAUUGGACAUGCAGAGCAGGGAUUUUGGUGAUAUGCCUCUCCUAUGCACCAUCACUGAGAUAUUUGGACCAUCUAUAUGGUUUAAUGCAAUAGUGGUUCUGACUCAUGCUGCUUCUGCCCCACCUGAUGGUCCCAAUGGUACUGCUUCAAGUUAUGAUAUGUUUGUCACUCAACGUUCUCAUGUUGUCCAGCAAGCAAUUCGUCAGGCGGCAGGGGAUAUGCGUCUCAUGAAUCCUGUUGCAUUAGUAGAGAACCAUUCUGCAUGCAGAACAAAUAGGGCUGGACAGAGAGUGUUGCCGAAUGGUCAGGUUUGGAAGCCCCAUUUGCUUUUGUUGUCUUUUGCGUCAAAAAUUCUUGCUGAAGCAAAUGCUCUUUUGAAGUUGCAAGAUAGUCCACCUGCAAAGCCAUUUGUGCCACGUUCAAGAGCACCUCCUUUACCAUAUUUUCUGUCGUCACUUCUUCAAUCAAGACCACAAGUCAAGCUGCCUGAAGAGCAGUUUAGCGAUGAAGAUGAUCAAGAUGAUGAUUUGGACGAGUCUUCAGAUUCUGAUGAUGAAAGCUAUGAUAAUUUGCCACCAUUUAAACGGUUGUCAAAGGCCCAGGUGUCAAAGCUUACUAAAGCUCAGAGUAGGGCAUAUUUUGAUGAGUUAAAAUAUAGGGAAAAACUUUUUAUGAAGAAACAGUUAAAAGAAGAGAGAAGGAGAAAGAAGAUGAUGAAGAAAAUGUCUGCUGCAGCAAAGGAUAUGCCAGGUGACUACAGUGAAAGUGUAGAAGAAAGUGGCAGUCCUGCAUCUGUGCCAGUCCCUAUGCCAGAUCUGGCCUUGCCUGCCUCUUUUGACUCUGAUAAUCCCAUGCACCGAUACCGUUGUCUUGAUUCUAACAACCAGUGGGUUGUGCGACCUGUUCUAGAAACUCUUGGUUGGGACCACGACGUUGGUUACGAAGGCAUAAAUGUAGAGAGAUUGUUUGUUGUCAAAGACAAAAUUCCUUUGUCUCUCUCGGGCCAGGUUACAAAGGAUAAGAAGGAUGCAAAUGUUCAGAUGGAAUUGGCAAGCUCGAUAAAGCAUGGGGAGGGGAAAGUAUCAUCCUUAGGUUUUGAUAUGCAAACUAUCGAGAAGGAUUUAGCUUAUACCCUACGAGGUGAGACAAGGUUCUUGAACUUCAGGAAGAAUACAGCAAAGGGUGGUCUCUCAGUUACCCUCUUGGGUGAUGUCUUAUCUGGUGGGGUGAAAGUUGAAGAUAAGUUAGCUGUUAACAAAAGGUUCAAUAUUGUUAUGACCGGUGGUGCAAUGACUGGUCGUGGUGAUGUUGCUUAUGGCGGCAGCCUGGAAGCCCAAUUGAGAGACAAGGAUUAUCCUCUUGGUCGUUCACUAUCAACUCUUGGGCUAUCUGUCAUGGAUUGGCAUGGAGAUCAAGCUGUUAGGUGUAAUAUACAAUCCCAAAUACCUGUAGGACGGUCAACAAACUUGAUUGCUCGUGCCAAUUUGAAUAACAAGGGAGAAGGACAGUUGAGUAUCCGUCUAAACAGCUCAGAACAGCUUCAAAUUGCUUUGUUUGGCCUCAUCCCCCUUUUGAAAAAGCUACUUGGUUAUUCCCAGCAAAGGCAGUUUGGACAAUGAUGAAAUUUUGUCAUAUGUUGCGCUAUUGUAGUGAUUUUAGUUUCUUCGUUAGAUAUGUCAUAUAUGCCAGUGGUGGCUAUUGCUCCCAUCAGACCAUGGGCCAUUGCUCUCUGUUCAACAACCGUGCCACCAUUUUGAAUUUUAUAAUUUCCUAUGUCAGGGUUCUGGAUAUAAUUUUUAUAGCAGACAUGUUUUGUUCUACUCAAAAACUACUUCACAUUCUCUUCUUUGUGUUUGCAAUGUAGAAAGUGUUGAAGCCAAGGUGCUUCUUUUCCUA